CCACCCGGGAAAGCCGCGCCAGGGACCGUGCCCGCCCGCCGUGGCUCCGCAUCCGGGCGCUGACACCAACGGCGUUCUGCCGCCGCGCCUGCGAAGCGCCCUGCCGCCAUCUUAGUUACGGGCAGCGCCCCCGGGAGCUCUGCCGCCCGCCCGGCGUCUCAUCGCGGGCAGCCCCGGCCCAGCGGGAGCGGGAGGAGCGGCGGCAGCGCCACGGCGAGUCCUUGCGCGGGCCGCGGGCGGACGGGCAGCGCCGGUUCCAGCCCGACACGUGCGGCCCGUCCCCUGCAGUGCUCCUACGAACGGGGGUUUAGCUCCUGCUGCCCAGGGGACGCUCGGGAGAAGGCGUGGGUUUGGUGUUAGAUGGGGAAGUGGGGGGGAACGAUUUCUCCAAACUUUCCCAGGGUUCUGGCCUUCAGCGUUUGGACGUGCACGGUUGCACCUCCCCUUCUCUUCACAGUUUUACUGGAGUUGAACUUCGCGCCUCCAGGAAUGUUCAGGUUAAAAUGUGGGUGCCAGUUGUUAACAAACCAAGUUUUACUUAUUCUCUUCUCAUUUGAUUUACCUAGUGAAUCACAUUUCUCUGAAAGAGGAAGUUUACGCUAUGUAUAUUUCGUAUGUAUGUAUGUAUAUUUACAUUUAUGCCUGCAGUUUACAUUACGUAUCUUUCACACACACAGUGUAAAUGAUCGGCAGUUUGGGAUUCAGAAAUUCCAGGUUGGCUGUCAAGAAAUGAAGGUUAGGAUGUGCUGCGCUGGACUGCAGAAUCUCCUCCAAGGGCUGAGCUUCGGUGCCAAGUACUACUCUAAGCAUAGCCCUCCUCAAACAAUGUGUCUUUACAGUAAAAUGGGACUAAAAAAGUGGCACAUCCUGGGCUCUUCAAAAAGUAUAUACACCCACGGGACUGCACCACCUGGAAGCAUCCUGCCAUGCAGAUUCUUUUCCUGCAAGCAGGAAGGAACAAAAGUCCCUUCCAAAAGGAAGCAAAAUACAGCCAUAGUAACUUCAGGCCUUUUGCACAAGAACCUUCUGAAAUCAGAGCAAAAAAACUGGAAUAACAUUUCACCAACAUACAAAGCUAUGACAAAGAGAAUCAAGGAAAAACUGGAAGAAUUGCACAACAUGUAUACACUCAAUUCAGGAAGCCCAAGGAUGAGGUUUGGCGAGAAUGUGUACUUUGAAGAGAAUGGCUGCGUAUUUCUUGCAAAAGCAGAUCAUGCUGAAGGAAAUGCUGAGAUUUUAUUCAGUGUUGAAGAUUUUGGCUUUUCUGAUGCCUUUAUUCAACGGAUCAGAAUUUCACCAGAUCAGAGAUACAUGGCCAUCAGGUUAAAAAGUGAAAAUUCUGAAGAGGCAACCUGCAUUAUUAUGAAACUUGGCAAUCUUCCUGUUGUGGAAAAAGUAAUUCCAAGUGUAUUUAGCUUUGAAUGGGCUGCAAAUGAUGUUCUGUAUUACACAACUCAGAAGAACCUUAAAUGCCAGAAUGUCUUCAUGACCACUUUCACUAACCAGAAACACACUAAGUUAGUUUAUACAGAACAAGAUGCAAGAUUCUUUGUAGACCUUUAUUGCACAAAAGACAGGCGUUUUCUCACUAUCAACAGCAACAGCAAGACAACCUCAGAAGUUUGGCUGGUUGACUGCAGCCAUCCCUUUGAGUCACCUGCUCUUGUACAAGCACGAACCACAGGGGUCAUUUACCACAUCGAGCACAGAAAGGACCAGUUGUACAUUCUUACUACAUAUGGAGAACCUGCAGAAUAUAAGUUGAUGAAGGCACCAGUAACUUCAAGUGGCAAGGAGAACUGGCAGUUAGUUUAUGCACUCGAAAAGAAAACCAAGCUAGUAGACUUUGAGAUGUUCAGUGAUGACUGUAUUAUGUUCCUGAAGACUGCUGGUCAUCUUUAUUUAAAUGUGAUUUCUUUUGUUUCACACUCAGUUCAGUCAAUAAAGCUACCUACAUGGGCCUGUGAAUUUGAAUUGGAAUCUCAUCCAGAACAUACCACCAGCACCUGCUAUUUUCAGCUCUCCUCCCCAGUACACCCCCCUAAGCGUUUUGCAUAUUCAUUUAAAGAAAAUAAUCUCAUUGAACAAGCUGUGCAAGAGGUACCAAUUAUUAAGAAUUGUCACACUACACGUUUACUAGCUAAAAGCAAGGAUGAAACUUUGGUGCCAAUUACAGUUUUUCAUAAUAAGAAUUCUAAAGAACUGCACAGGAGACCACUUCUAGUUCAUGUAUAUGGAGCUUAUGGCAUAGAUUUGAACAUGAGCUUUAAAGAAGAGAAGCUGAUGUUAAUUGAAGAGGGUUGGAUAUUAGCAUAUUGCCAUGUUAGGGGUGGAGGAGAGCAGGGCCUUAGCUGGCACAGAGAUGGAUGUCAGCAUAAUAAACUCAAAGGUGUCCAUGACCUCAGGGCUUGCAUCAUGCUGCUGCAUCAGCUGGGAUUUUCUCAGCCCAAACACACAGCACUGGCAGCUGCCAGUGCUGGGGGAGUUCUCGCAGGAGCCCUGUGCAACACUGAUCCAGCACUGAUCAGAGCCAUGGUUUUACAGGCUCCUUUCAUAGAUGUUCUAAAUACAAUGAUGAAAACCCAUCUCCCACUGACAAUUGAGGAACAAGAAGAAUGGGGAAAUCCAUUAGAAGAUGCAAAAUGUAUGAAGUAUAUCAAAAGCUAUUGCCCAUACCAGAAUAUUAAGCCACAGUGCUAUCCAUCAGUUUUUAUCACGGCAUAUGAAAACGAUGAGCGAAUACCACUAACAGGAAUUCUACAGUAUGUUCAGAAACUCAGGAAGGCUGCACUAGAUCAUGCCAGCAGAGCAAGAAAGAAAGGAAACCGGAUUCCUAAUAUCAUCCUAGAUGUCCAGGCAAAUGGCAGUCAUUGUGAUUCAUCCUGGGAGCACUCACUGAACGAGGUUGCAAGACACCUUGCUUUUCUGAAUAGAGAACUUGAGGAAGCGUCUUAUCCCCAACAUCACAGCAAAUCCUGCAAAUAACUCCUAAACACACUGAGCACCUGAAAAACUUUGGGUCAGAUUUGGAUUUGUAUGGAAAAGCAAACACCUUCUCCAGAGAAUCUCUACUCUCAGAUCCCUGCCUUAUGGGCACAAGCACAGAAAGCUGGGUGUGGCAUUGUCUUACAAAAAUACAGACCAAGAACUGGAUUUCUGUCCUGCCAGGCUGUGGAAAAGCAGCUGCCAGAAGAAAUUCGUUUGUCCAGCAGCUCUGUUCAUGUGAGCCAGCAGAGCAGCGUUACAUGAACAGAGCUGGAGACAACAGUGGGCAGGUAAAGCCUCACAGGAGAGCCAAAGGCACUUGGCACAGGUGGCCUUCCUGUCCAAGGCAUCUGUUGCAAGGCUAUAUCUUGCACAAGGCAGUAGAACUCCUCUGAAGCAUCUGAUAUUGAAGUCUCACUACUUCCAGAACUAAUUCCCAUAUAUAGGUGAUGGUGAUUGCUGCCCUCUCUAUCUGCACAGCAGCCAUGGUUGCUGUUGGAUGUGGUGGGAUUGACCAAACUGCAAAGAAAAGCAAUCUCAGCAGAACUCUGAUGUGAAUACAUUAAAAAAUCUUGCAGUUACCUUACCUAGCAUGGUAAUCUUAAGAAGGUGGUGCCAGAGCCUCUCAGGGGUACAAGAUCAAUGUGUCAGAAGAUGCCAGAGCAUCUCCAGAGGAUAAAACUAAAAGAAUGCCCCAACUAAAGCAGCCCAAUUCAUAGCUUAGCUGCCCUCUGAGCAAGGCACAAACCUGCUGUGCAUUGCUUGUUAAAGAGAUGUGUGGUGCACACCUAGGGCCACAUCAACCACUGCAGGUGCAGCAAAUGGAAAUCAGAGCACAUAUACAAGUGUGACAUUUGGUAGGGUUGGUUCAGCUGCUUCCUCUGAACUAAAGGACACACCCUUCACCUCAGCCUUAGGGCAAGAAAAGAAAUAAGAGAAUGCAAACACAUUCUGACUCAACAGGGAGGGGAGAAUCCACUGGAAAUGCAGUUAUGAGUGUGGAAUUAGAUAUUAGCUAUAUUUUGUUCUUACAAACUUUGAGGAAAAUCAGAGUUGUUAGAUUUGAGAGAAGAGGUAAAACAUCCCAAUAAUAUACACUAGUCUUGCUUAUGUUCACCUGUUUUAGCAAAUGUAGGGCCACCCCUAUGGAAUGAGUUUUACAAAUCUGCAUACUUCUAAAUUGUUACAGUAAACUGCCAAAGGCUUGGGAUUCCACAGGAGCACUUACCAGCAACCUCCAGGAUCAGCACCCAGAAAGCAACUGUUCCCUCUCCUCCCAAAAAUACAUGCUUGAACAGA